AUGAAUGUCUAAACCACACAGGUAACUGCUUAACGCUCCACCUCCCAUGCACUGAGUUAUGUGGCUGCUGACAUGACCUGGGAUGGAGGACUCAUUCCAUACUGUGUGCAGCCUGGAAUCCCACUCUUUGUCAUUUUUCUGGUGCACCUCACUGGCAACAUCAUCAUUACCACCAAACACCACUACCAUCACUAUCACCACUAUCGCUACCAUCACCACCACCAACACUAUCGCAACCACCACUACCAUCACCACCACUAUCACCACCACCAAUACUAUUGCCACCACCACUAUCAUCACCUCCACCACCAGCACUCCCAUCACCACCACCAUCAUCAUUGCUACCAAUACCAUCACCAUUGACACCACCACUAUCACACUACAAUCAUCAUCGAGACCACCACCAUCUGUCCCCCCACCAUCACUUCCACCAACACCAUCACCAUCAAUACUGCCACUACCACCAUCAACAUCACCACCAACACCACCACUAUCACCAUCACCUCUACUAACACCACCACCACCAUCAUCAUCAUCAUGCCCCCGCCACACUGGCUAUUCACCGCGGUGCACCACCUGUUGCAGGUGCUCCCGCCUCGCGUGCACACGAGCCAGGUGCAGCCACGCAAAGAUGAUGAGGAUGCAGACGCCUCCUCAAGGCCGAAUGCAGAGCUUGGAGCAGGGGACCAGCACCCAAUCACCCCACCACCCACCCCACCCCGCUGGCACCAGGGCGACUUCCAGGGGGAGACCACGGACUCAAGGAAGUGGAUGAGUACCCUGUACACUGUGAUUGGUGCUUUGUUCAUCAUCAUCACCAUCCUACUACUUUACCGUUGA